AUGGCUGAGAGUCCUUUGGUUCGAAGCUGCAUUCUCACGAUAUCAUCAACCGAUCUGGUCAAAUAUGACCGCAGUGACCUGGAAUUACAGCAUGUUGCCGUUGAGUACUACGGACAAGCUGUAUCUGGACUGCGAGAAGCCAUUCAAGAAGAAAGUAAUAGUACUAUUGUCUUCAAUAUGCCCCUUUCCGACUACAAUCCACUCGCAGUACUACUGCUAUGUCUCCACGAGACCCAAAACUUCACGGCCAGCGAGCGAAUACUGCCUCAUCUCAACGCUGCCAUCUGUCUACUACAAAACCGGCUCUACUGCCAAGGGCUCAACUCAACAUUGCGGGGGUUUCUUUUUGAACUGUUCUGUUACUUCUUUGCUCUUGCAACCUACUCACUCGGCUCCAGACUGGCUCUCUAUCAAGCUUGCCGCAUUUUCAACUCUCCUUCAAUCACCCAGUAUCUCCAGAAUGGCCAUGUCAUGGGCACCUCGCAACAUCUAUUUUUGACCAUCUUCCGCAUAUCCAUUCUGGUGGAGGAUAUGACCCUUGGAAGCGAGGAUGUCGCGGCAAAGGCCAGGUCGGAGCUAAUGGCAUUGGAGGAGCAGCUGGAUGCCACCCUGACACAAUCUUACCAUAUUAACGAGGACAUGGAUAUCGGAUGUCUGAAUGACGCAGUCACUUCUGAAAUGUACCGGCUAGCAUGUCUCAUAUAUCUCAAGAAAGUCCUGUGUCCCCCGACGCCGGAUGAAGAUCCCACCAUUCAGAGCCUCGUGAAUGCAUUUGUCUAUCAGCUGGGUCAUCUACCCUCUGGCUCGCCAUCAGACACCAUCCUGAGCUGGCCUCUGGUAGUGACAGGUCUUUGUGCAACUAUGAGCACCCACCAGCGGAUCAUCAUCGCGAAGCUUAAUCAGAUAUUUGAAGUGUGGCAGUCUGACAUCUUCUCGCGUGGCGCUGAGUUUCUACGCGAGAAGUGGCAAAGGGAUCGAGAUGCGAGAGCGAUAAUAUCCUCCGAGUCGCAUCAGGCGAGUGGGAUGAUUUGGACUCAACUGCCUGUUAUUUUAGCCUAG